AUGUUGUUUUCCUUGAUUUUAAUUGUCGUCUGGCAUCCUUCUUCAAUCUUGGAUUUAAGUCAUUCAGUCCAUCACGUUUUUGUUGCUGAAUCUACUACUUCUGCUGAGGCCAACUCAGUUGUUGGGUCUGAUUCUUUUGACUUUAUCCAUGAUACCGGUGCUACCAGUCACAUUUGCAAUAACAUCUCAUAUUUUUCUUCUCUUCGUCCCACUUCGGCUACCAUUCGUGGUCUUGGUUCUGCUACUGCUGAGGGGUUGGCGACAUUGUCGUUGAUCUUCUUGAUUCCUCGCAAUUUAUUUGCUGCUCGUCGAGCUACUGCUGGUGGUUGUCGGUUCAUUCAAGACCUUAACCAUAUUUCUGCUGUUGAAAAUGGCAAAACUCGAGUCCACGCUACAUUGCCAUGGCCAGUUCAUGAGGUGUUUGCUGUUGAGUCGUCUGCCAAUCUUUGGCAUAAGCGACUUGGUCACGCCAGUGUGGACGUUCUCAAGAAAUUAUCUAAGUCACUUUCUGUCAAGCCUACUCAUUUUGAGGUUGUGGAUAGUCAUAAGUGUGACGCUUGUUUGGGUGGCAAAGCCACAGCAUUGCUAUUUAAUGGUACCACAGAAAAAGCUAGUCGUCCUUUGGAGUUAUUUGUUUCUGAUUUAAGCGGUCCUCAUGUCGCUACCCCUGUGGGUCAUCGUUAUGUCUUAACCAUUAUGGAUUAUUAUUCCAGGUACUCUUAUGUGGAGUUGUUGGUUAGGAAAAGUGAUGCAAGUCUUGCCAUUCGUAACUUUAUUGCUAGGUGUGAAUCUUAUUUUUCUGGUGAUUCUGCUGGUGAUCGAGUUGCAUAUUUUCAUUCUGAUAAUGGCGGCGAAUACAUUUCCAAAGACCUGGAGCAGUUCUUUGUGUCUAAGGGUAUCAAGCAUACUUAUACAGUUCCUCAUACUCCUCAACAAAAUGGUGUUGCUGAGCGAUUGAAUCGCACAUUAUUUGAGAAAGCCAAGUCUAUGCUUUUAUAUGCUCAUGCUCCUGAAUACUUAUGGGGUGAAGCUGUCAAGUCUGCUAAUUAUAUUAGGAACCGUCUUCCUAGUCGUACCACUGGUGGUGUUGCACCUCUUCAACUUUGGACUGGUAAACCUCCUAGUUAUCAUCAUAUGAAAGUAUUUGGUUGUCAAGCUACAGUUGUUCUUCCUGGUGCUAAAAGAGAAUCCAAGUUAAGUUCAAAUACUGAAGCUGGUGUUUUUGUUGGGUAUUCUUUGGAUCGUACAGCUUAUCGAGUUCUUCUUGAUUCAAGCAUUGUUGAAGCCAGGAGUGUUUACUUUGAUGAGUCCAAGUUUCCAUUUAUGAAAAGUGAUAAAGACUUGUCUAUUAAUGGUACUGGUGUUGGGUUUAGUGUUGGUUCUGGUUCAGGGUCCAUGUCAGGGCCUUGUUUUGAUUCUAAGGGGUCUGGUUUAGGAUCUAAUGUUAGGGUUAAUUCUAUUGCUAGUUCUGAUUCAAGUUCUGGUUCUAGUUUUGGGUCUCUCAUAGAUCUUUACCAGCAUCCCUCAUCUGGUUCUGGUUCUGGUUCUAUUUGUGUUUUACCGUCUCCGUCUCCGUCUUCUUCUCCGUCUCAUUCUCCGUCGCCACCUCCUCCUUCUUCUUCUUCUUCUAUUAUUGUUCAUAAGCCUCGUUCUGUUCGUCGCAUUUUGUCUACACCUUCUGCUCCUCUUGAGUCUCCUACUCUUCCUACUCUUCCUUCUAUUCCUUCUGUUCCAUCUCUUCCUAGUUCUCCUAUUCUUCCACCUUCAGAUCAUGAUGUCUCUAUCUCUCCUGACUCAAGUCCUAUUGUUUCUUCUUCGGAAUAUAUUCCUUCACAAUUAGACUUAUCUGAAGCUGGUCCAUCUAUUAAUGAAUCUGAUAUUUCAGGUGAUUCUGGGAUCUCGCAACGAGGGGGUGAUAUUGGGUUUCAACCGUCUAUCAUUGCUUCGUCUCCCACUCCACCACCUUCUGUUGAAUUGGAAGUAGUGCCACUUAGUCAAGAAUCUCCUUCGCCUGAUCUUGUUAAUUCUCUUGACCUGUUGAGCAUGCAAUGUUGUCGCAGACUAGUGCAGUUGAUAAUGCACGUUAUGGGCCGCACUUCGGCUUAUAUUAAUCUUACUUCCUCUGAAAAACUCACUCCUCUCAACUAUCAUGUCUGGGCUACUAAGAUCCUUUUGGGUCUUCGUGCAAUGAAUAAUGGUGUCCAUCUUUAUGUCGAAGCUGGUACUGUCAAUCCAGCUGCUAAUGAAUCCCUCGAAGACCUCACCGCCUCGCUUGACACCGUCGUCCAUGAUGUUAUCCUCAACAAUAUUUCUCCUGAGUUGAUCGAACAUGUUAAUGAUGUGGCCAUUAGAGGCCGUGACCUCUGGCUUUAUCUUCAUCAGGGAGUAUAG